GCAGGACGCAGGGCGUGCGCCUCACGUGUGCCGGGUGCGUCCUUGGAUCUCGAUUCAGCAACGAUCGCGUUUACCCCGCAAACGCCGUUCAUUUCAAGUAGCGCGCCCGCCGCCCAGGAGUCGUGCCACCGUCCACCCUGACUUACAUUGUCCUGCGGUUUGCGGGUCGCCUGCUUCCCGCUCGCGACGACCAACCAGAUGGCGACCAGCUGCGCGAACUACGGCUCGCUGAACGGCUCGACGUGCGACUGCCCGACUGGCUUCGGUGGAGGCAAUUGUUCGCAACCUGCAUGCGGAGGCAACAUCUUCCAGGGGUCGGGCCGCCCGCUGGCGGACUGGACCUUGGGCUCCCUCCCGAACAUCACUGGGUGUGCUUGCGCGGACGGAUGGACUGGGACCGGUUGCAACGUUUGCCAGACGGCUAGCGUAUGUCAGUCGGCAUACUCAGGAGCGGGCUACAGCCCGGGCUCCUCGGGCCUUGCGGAUGGGACGAACGAGACUCUCGUGUGCAAUGCAGAUGCUAGGGUAUAUGCUGCCGGGCAGAUGAGCUGCGCCGUCAAUAACCCAACCCUCCAGGCGCUAUUCCCGCUCUCCUCCAACCUCAACAUCCUCCGCACGCUCAACCCCUCCCUCACGCCUGUCCCAAACAUCACCGGCUUUGGUCCCGCCGGCUCCGUCUACGCGCAGCUCUUCUACGCCGGGGUCGAGCAAUUCUACUGCAGCGCCUCCUCAUGCACGCAGACCCUCGACAACUCCACGGGCGCCGCCGACUGGACGUGCGCGAGCCUCGCGUGCGCCUGCGUCGCGAACACGACGUUCUGCAGCGGCGCGGAAAGCCUCUCGUCCAUCGUCGGCGGGCUCUCCGGCCAACUCGUCAUCUCGUGCGAUGCGCCGUCCGGCGGGUCUGCGAGCUGUGCGUUCAAGCAGGACACGAUCGACUCCGUGUUCGGCUCGGGCGGGCUCACGCUCACGGGCUGCACGUUCGGCGAGUGCGUCGCGCAGGACGUGAUCGACGACGUAACGAACAAUAGCACAGGCUCGUCGGGCACGGCUCGCGGCGGGAAGCCCCUCGGCGGAGGUGUGAUUGCGGGGCUUGCGGUCGUUGGUGGGCUAAUCCUGCUCGCGCUGCUUGUGCUGGCGUAUGGCUUCUGGGCACAGCGACGCGCGAGGAGAGCGGGCCCGAAGAGCGCUGGCCAGAGCGGAGGCGUCGCGGUGGAGUGGUCGGACAUGAGCUACUUCGUACCUCAGGCCGAGAGCGGGUGGUCUGGCAUGCUCAGGAGGCGCGGACGGCGAGACCUCAGCGACCAGAAGGUGAUCUUGGACAAUGUCGGCGGCCGCGUUCAGCCUGGCGAGAUCAUGGCCGUUAUGGGCCCGAGCGGUGCCGGCAAGACGACCAUGAUAGAAAUCCUCGCGGGGAAGCACAAAUCCGGGCGCACCACCGGGCUCGUGUCCUUCCCCUCCUCGCACGGGCCCGUACACGCCCCGCGCAUCGGCUUCGUCCCGCAACAAGACGUUCUCCCGCCGAUGCUCACCGUCUCCGAGGCGCUCCUCUUCGCCGCGCGGUUGCGCCUGCCUGAGUCCAUCCCCGACACGGAGAAGCGCGCACGCGUCGACGCGCUCGUCGCGCAGCUCGGCCUCGCGCACAUCCGCGACACGCGCAUCGGCGACGGCGAGCGGCGCGGGAUCAGCGGCGGCGAGAUGCGCAGGGUCAGCAUCGGGCUCGAGCUCGUCGCACGGCCAGACGUGCUCAUCCUGGACGAGCCGACGAGUGGGCUGGACUCCGUGAGCGCGAAGAAGGUGGGCGAGGUGUUGCGGGGACUGGCGCAUGAUAACGAGAACCCGACGGCGGUGAUUGCGUCGAUCCAUCAACCGAGUUCGCAGCUGUUCCAGUGCUUUGACAAGAUUAUCCUCCUCUCGCACGGCCGCGCGCUCUAUUACGGCGCGGGCGGGCUCGCCCCAGCAGACUACUUCGCCUCGCGAGGGAUACCGUACUCGACCGGGUACAAUGUCGCCGACUAUCUCCUCGACGUCGCCAGCGACCCUCCAGUGGGCCUUUUCCAGUCGGUCGGGAGCACCGGCAACCGUGACGGGAGCGAGGAAGGCAAGGGGAGCAAUGGCAAUGGAAACGGCGCUGACUCUGUGGACGUGGAGAAGGCCGCGAGCUCGAGCGUGCCCGUGCUCACUCUGGGGGCGAACGGACAGACCUCGAGACGAAAACGCAGGGUCGGAGGGGGAACAUGUGCGACGACGUUCUUGACGCAAUUGGAGGUGUUGUCUGGUAGGGAGUGGGUAAUUCUACGCAGAGACAAGACGCUCUUCCUCACCCACAUCGCGGUGUCUUGCGUACUCGGCGUCUUUGUUGGCGGGCUGUACUACAAGAUCGGGGUCACCAUCGCUGGGUUCCAGUCUAGAGUCGGGUGUCUAUUCUUCUUGGGUGCCUUGAUCGCUUUUUCCUCUCUCAGCGCGUUGUACAAUAUCGUGGAGAUACGGCCUUUGUUCUUGAGAGAGCGAUCUGCGGGCUACUACAGUCCGACUGCUUGGCUGCUGUCUCGCUUCGUCUUUGACGUUGUACCUCUACGUGUCAUACCGACCAUCAUCGUAUCUUCGAUCACUUACUGGAUGGUCGGACUGGCACAUGAUGCCGCGCACUUCUUCAAGUUCCUAUUCAUCCUCGUCCUCUAUACGCUCGUCAUGACGCUCUUCAAUUUUCUUCUCGCGUGUUUGUUUCGUAACGGUGGCAUAGCGAUCCUCCUCAGCGCCCUCCUCGCGCUGUAUCAAAUGACCUACGCCGGGUUCUUCGUUCACUUGGGCAGCAUUCCCCCAGUGCUCCGUUGGCUGCAGUGGCUAUGCCCGCUGAAGUACAACCUGGAGGCACUUUCCGUCAACGAGGUCGGGUCGGGCCUCAUGAUUAAGGACUCGUUGGAUGGAGUGCCCGUGGACGUGUCGGCGAGUCUCAUUAUGGAGACGCUCUUCGGGUUCGGUGCGGACAACUAUUACCGAGACGUACUGGUUUUGUUUGCAUUCAUUGCUGGGUUCGGGCUGAUGGUCAUCGGCACGGUGUGGGUCAAGGUCAGGGAAAGGCGAUGAUCAUGGACAUGUACCCUUUGUAUCCUCCUGUAAGGUUCUGUAUUAUUGAAGAUGUACGGUAGAUGUGUGCUGUAAUUUCUAUCUGUACCGAUUGUAAUCUCUGUGAUUGUGU